AUGAGCGUCAUAAUCCUUGAAGGAGGAAUCAAAGAAUGGCCAACUUUCAAAGAAUUCUACAAACAACACGACCUUUUCGAAUAUAAAUUACAGCUCGAAAUUGUUCAGACUCGAACAGACAGGGGGAGGGAGAAAUCAGAAGACCAUCGAUUACACAAUAUACUGGCAGAGAACUUGAUACUUCGACGCUUUGACGGUAUAAGAAGAUAA